UCUCCUCCGCGCAGGGGCUCGUGCCGGGGAAAGCACAGGUUUAUCUGUGCAACAGGGCCCUGUGGCUCAAGUUCCACAGGCACCAGACCGAGAUGAUUAUCACCAAGCAGGGCCGACGAAUGUUUCCAUUUCUGAGCUUUAACAUCUCCGGCCUGGACCCGACCGCUCACUACAACAUCUUUGUGGACGUGAUUCUGGCGGAUCCGAAUCACUGGCGCUUUCAGGGAGGAAAGUGGGUUCCUUGCGGGAAAGCAGACACGAAUGUUAUCGGAAACAGGGUUUACAUGCACCCGGACUCACCAAACACCGGCGCUCACUGGAUGCGUCAGGAAAUAUCUUUUGGAAAACUGAAGCUCACCAAUAACAAAGGCGCUUCAAACAACACAGGCCAGAUGGUGGUGCUCCAGUCCCUGCACAAGUACCAGCCGCGGCUGCACGUGGUAGAAGUGAACGAGGACGGCACGGAGGACACGAGCCAGCCAGGGCGCGUGCAGACGUUUACCUUCACGGAGACGCAGUUCAUCGCUGUGACGGCGUACCAAAACACAGACAUCACACAACUAAAAAUUGACCACAAUCCGUUUGCCAAAGGAUUUCGGGACAACUAUGACACGGUGUACACAGGCUGCGACAUCGACCGCCUCACUCCGUCUCCGGGUGACUCUCCGCGUUCACAGAUCGUGCCGGGCGCGAGAUACGCCAUGCCCAGCUCCUUCCUGCAGGACCAGUUUGUCAGCACUUAUGCCAAAUCUCGUUUUCACCCUGGCGUGGGGGCCGGGCCUGGCACGGAGCGCAGCGUCCCACUCGGCAACAGCUUGCUGUCCCCGCAGCAAAGCGAAGAGCCCCCUGUUGCCACCCCCCCGCAGCGCUGGUUUGUCACCCCUGCCAACAACCGACUGGACUUCGGUGCCUCGGCAUACGACGCGGCGGAUUUUGCCGGUAACGCGGCCACCUUACUGUCGUACGCCGCGGCCGGAGUGAAGGCCCUCCCGCUGCCCACCGCGGGCUGCUCCAACCGGCCUCUGGGUUAUUACGCGGAUCCUUCGGGAUGGGGAGGACGCACUCCGCCACAGUACAAGACCGGCUCCGUCUUCUCUUGUUGGCCGGCGAAUUCUCUGAGCAGAGGGGUCAAUUACCUGUCCGAGGAAGGCGCGGACUCAGUGGCCACAGAGAGAUCUCCCAUAGGAGCCUCCGAGGAACCCAAACCCAAAGACAUGUCUGAGUCCAGCUGGAUAGAGACGCCCUCCUCCAUUAAGUCCAUGGACUCCAGUGAUUCUGGGAUCUUUGAACAGGCCAAGAGACGGAGGAUCUCCCCCUCUGCCACCCCUGUGCCAGAGACAGUGUCCCCACUCAAGUCUGAGUGCGACAAAACCUGUACAAAGGACAUUGGCUACUACAGCUUUUACCCCCACAGCUCCCAGUUUAAGAUUUCCCAGUUUAUAUCUAUGAUAACACCUGGAAGACUGAGACAUGAGGAAACCGGCACAGAGGCCACCUCCCACGUCAGCCUCACUGAGGAGGUGCCCUCUGCCUGGGCGUACAGUGGGAAGAACCCUUCUGGGCUAACUCACACGCUCUGUAGGGGAACGCUGAUGUAUUCCAACAAACUGGAGGUCCCUUGGGGUUACAGCCAUCAGCGAAGUGACGAUGAAGCAGUGGUGGACCAUGGAGGGACCAGAUCACAACAAGGGACCAACUUUGAGCAGGAGGAUCUUGAUGGACACAGGACGCUGUACAUCGGCGUGCACGUUCCCCUGGGCAGCACCAGACAGAGGAGUCACCGCAGACACCGUCACCAUGGCAGCAGGCACCACAAGAGACGCAGCAUGGAGCGCGCCCCCACCCUGGUCGAGGGACGCGAGUCUCCUGUUUAUGACACCCCCUCACAGAGAGUGCAGUUCCUUUUGGGGGUGGAGGAUGAGGACGAGGAGCACACACCGCACGAUAUAUUUACAGAGAUGGAUGAGAUCUGCGUAAAGGACGGAGAAGAUGGAGACUGGAGAGAGAGCGCCCGGUGGCUCAAAUUCGAGGAGGAUGUGGAGGAUGGAGGGGAGCGCUGGAGUAAGCCCUACGUGGCCACUCUGUCCCUGCACAGUCUGUUCGAGCUCCGCAGUUGUAUCAUCAAUGGCACUGUGCUGCUGGACAUGAGGGCUGGGACCAUUGAAGAGAUAGCAGAUAUGGUUCUGGACCACCAGGAGCUGUACGCUCCUCUGGGAGACGAGCUCAGGGCCAAAGUGAGAGAGACGCUCCUGAAGCAGCACCACCAUCAGAAACAGAAGACUCUGGCCAACAGACUGCCCAUCGUCCGUUCACUCGCCGACAUGGGCCGCCGCGCAUCUGAGCUCCAACUCGACAAGAAUGGUCAGUUGUCGGCCUCACAGUUCCAGUUAGCGGCGCCUGAUGGGAAAGGUGAUGUCAGCCGAGAGAACAGCUGUCUGGAUCUGAGUAAGAUCCACUUCAUGAAGAAGAUUCCCGUUGGAGCAGAGGCCUGUAACGUUCUGGUGGGAGAGCUGGACUUUCUGAACAAACCUGUGGUGGCGUUUGUCCGGCUGUGCCCCGCUGUUCUCCUGGUGGGAAUGACCGAAGUCCCUAUUGCCACAAGGUUUAUUUUCAUUCUUCUGGGUCCAGCAGCGAGAGGAGCUCAGUAUCGGGAGAUUGGGCGGUCUAUUGGAACACUCAUGACAGAUGAGGUUUUCAGUGAUGUUGCCUAUAAAGCUAAAGACCGGAAUGACCUGAUCGCUGGGAUCGACGAGUUCCUUGACCAGGUGACAGUGCUGCCUCCAGGAGAAUGGGACCCCUCCAUACGAAUUGAGCCCCCCAAAAACGUCCCCUCUCAGGAAAAGAGAAAGAAAAGCAAUAUAUUAGCAAACGGAUUAGCAGAGGGAGAGGAAGAGCCAGACCACGGCCACGGGGGUCCUGAACUGCAGAGGACUGGGAGGUGGUUUGGGGGUCUGAUCCUGGACAUCAAGCGUAAGGUUCCUCACUAUCUCUCGGACUACACAGAUGCGUUCAGUCUGCAGUGCGUGGCCUCCUUCCUGUUCCUGUACUGUGCCUGCAUGUCCCCGGUCAUCACCUUCGGGGGCUUAUUGGGCGAAGCUACAGAAGGACGCAUAAGUGCCAUUGAGUCACUGUUUGGAGCGUCUCUCACUGGGAUCGCCUACUCCCUGUUUGCUGGGCAGCCCCUCACUAUCCUGGGCAGCACAGGGCCAGUGCUCGUCUUUGAGAAGAUAUUAUUCAAAUUCUGCAAAGAGUACGGUUUGUCCUAUCUAUCCCUGAGAACCUGCAUUGGCUUGUGGACGGCCUUCCUCUGCAUCAUCCUGGUUGCCACAGACGCCAGCUCCCUCGUGCGCUACAUCACCAGGUUCACAGAGGAAGCCUUCGCCUCCCUCAUCUGCAUCAUCUUCAUCUACGAGGCCCUGGAGAAACUCAUCCACCUCGGAGACCACUUCCCCUUUAACAAAAACAACAACCUGGACAAGCUCACAACGUACUCAUGUUCCUGUGUGGAGCCGACUGACCCGUCCAACGGCACCCUCAAGUACUGGGAGCUCAACAACAUCACAGCGUCAGAAAUCUACUGGGAGGCUCUGGAGGUCAAGAGCUGCCUCAAACACAGAGGCGAGUUUGUGGGCAGCGCGUGUGGACCCCACGGACCCUACGUGCCAGAUGUCCUCUUCUGGUGCGUGGUCCUCUUCUUCUCCACUGUCUUCAUGUCCUCCUUCCUCAAAGAGUUCAAGUUCAGCAACUACUUUCCCACCAAGGUGAGAUCCAUCAUCAGUGAUUUUGCAGUGUUCAUCACCAUCAUGACCAUGGUCCUGAUCGACUACGCUCUGGGGGUGCCCUCUCCUAAACUAAAAGUACCAAGUGUAUUCAAGCCCACCAGAGAUGAUCGAGGCUGGUUCAUAAACCCCAUUGGGCCUAACCCCUGGUGGACAGCUGUGGUCACUCUGAUCCCCGCUCUGCUCUGCACCAUCCUCAUCUUCAUGGACCAGCAGAUCACCGCAGUCAUCAUCAACAGGAAGGAGCACAAACUCAAGAAAGGCUGCGGGUACCACCUGGACCUGCUGAUGGUCGGCGUGAUGCUGGGCGUGUGCUCUCUGAUGGGGCUGCCCUGGUUCGUAGCGGCCACGGUCUUGUCCAUCACCCACGUCAACAGUCUGAAGCUGGAGUCGGAGUGUUCGGCCCCCGGGGAACAGCCCAAGUUUCUGGGCAUCAGAGAACAGCGCAUCACCGGCCUCAUGAUCUUUGUGCUCAUGGGCUGCUCCGUCUUCAUGACCUCCGUGCUCAAGUUCAUCCCUAUGCCGGUGCUGUAUGGAGUAUUUCUAUACAUGGGAGCGUCUUCUCUUAGAGGCAUCCAGUUUUUUGACCGCCUGACCCUGUUCGGGAUGCCAGCCAAGCACCAGCCUGACUUCAUUUAUCUUCGCCACGUUCCCCUGAGGAAAGUUCACCUCUUCACCAUCAUCCAACUGAGCUGCCUGGUCCUGCUGUGGACCAUCAAGACCUCCAGAGCCGCCAUCGUGUUUCCCAUGAUGGUUUUAGCGUUGGUGUUUAUCAGGAAGUUAAUGGACUGCAUCUUUACCAAGAGAGAGCUGAGCUGGCUGGACGACCUCAUGCCAGAGAGCAAGAAGAAAAAGCUGGAAGAUGCAGACGAGGAAGAGGAACAGAGCAUUUUGGCAGAAGAAGAUGGAGUUGUACAAGUACCUUUAGACGGCUACAAAGGAAUCCCUGUCAUCAACAUCACAGACGAGAUGUCCAAAGGCUCCUUCGGAAACACGUGGAACAGCUAAGAACAGAUGCUUUAAAGUCUCAAUAUUAUAUGUUUUCCUGACAGCUCCUGCGUACGACCAGACAGAGCACAGUGUUUGUAUGUGAAGUCUAAACGUGGUUCUGCGUAUGUCCCUGUACAGGUCCUGUGUUGAUGUGGGUUUAAACUUCACACUUUUUCAAUAAUUUCCAGAAAACUUGUGUUAAAUUAAACUAGCAAAAUGAACAAACUGUCUCCCUUAAAGGUGCACUGUGUAACUUUUCUGGUGGAGGAUCCAUCAAAUGCUUAUUGCUUUGUUUGGAAUGUUUCAUAGUAUGGAAAUGAGCCUUUUUAUCUUCAUGGAGACUAAACCAGACCAAGUUACAGGUCAGAUCUGUGGAGAGACAAAACCGCUGAAAAGCAUUUUUGAACUAUAAAACCACCUCUAAUUUAAUAAAUGUCAGGUAGAGCUGUUUAAUGUCAUACUGUGGAACAUUCCAGGCAGAGCAAAUGCGAUGGACCUCCAACCAAAAAGUGACAUAGAGCACCUUUAAGCUACAGCCACGCACAUUUUUAUUUAUUUAUUUAUUUUAUGUAAAUGUCUUGAAGUACUUGACAAUAUUGCACAAAUCUACAUACAUAUUUUUACUUUUCACAUGUAGUGUUUUAAAACGUGUGAUUGUAAAGUAUGACUGAAAGGAGCACUUUAGGUGUGAACUGGACGACACUAAACCAGAUGAACCAAAAGCAUUACGUUAAAGUAUUUGUAUAGAUAUUAUCAAAUGAGCGUAAUCACAGCUUUACACGCAAUAAUACGACCCGUGCUAUCUUCCCUGAUGUUGUAUUUUGUAUUACGUAAAUUUAAAGUAUUUAUUAUAUUUAUGUUAAGUGUAUAAUGU